GUUGUUUAUUAAAUUACUUUAAUUUAUAUAUAGGUUAUGGGGAAGUGCUGUUGUUUGUGGGUGCAUUUCUUUUUCUUGUUGUGGUGUACAGCAAAGGCUUGGUCUCAACAACGAGACCCAUCACAAGUGCCAUGCUUCUUCAUCUUUGGGGACUCACUGGUUGACAAUGGUAACAACAAUGGCAUCCUCACUCUUGCCAGGGCAAACUACAUGCCCUACGGCGUCGAUUUCCCGUCCGGCACGACUGGCCGGUUCACCAACGGCCGUACUUUUGUGGACAUUCUAGCUCAACUUCUAGGGUUUGAUAGCUACAUUCCACCUUUUGGAAGAGUACGAGGUCGGGAAUUACUCCGAGGUGUUAAUUACGCUUCAGGAGCCGCAGGCAUCCGAGAUGAAACCGGAAACAACCUGGGUGAUCAUAUGGCAAUGAACCAACAAGUAGAGAAUUUUGCAAGGACAGUGGAGGUGUUGAGGAGGUUUUUUAGAGGAGAUAACUAUACAUUGAAUGCCUAUUUAAGCAAGUGCAUAUUCUAUGUGGGAAUGGGAAGCAAUGACUAUCUCAACAACUACUUCAUGCCUGACUUUUAUUCAACUCAUUCCGAUUUCACCCCUCAGGCCUAUGCUGCUGCCCUUCUCAAGGACUAUUUGCAACAAUUAACGAACUUGCAUGGAUUGGGAGCUCGAAAGAUAGUUGUGACAUCGGUUGGGCAGAUUGGAUGCAUACCAUAUGAGCUAGCGAGGUAUAAUGGCAAUGACAGCAAAUGCAAUGAAGAAAUCAACAAUGCCAUAACCAUUUUCAACACUGGGCUCAAGAGGCUUGUGGAUCAGUUCAACAAGGGGCAGCUGCCUGGAUCCAAGUUUGUUUACUUAGAUUCAUUUGCAAGCUCCAAAGAUCUUGUUGCCAAUGCAAGAAGAUAUGGGUUUGAGGUGGUGGAUAAGGGCUGUUGUGGGGUGGGGAAGAACAAUGGCCAAAUAACUUGUCUUCCUCUUCAACAACCAUGUGAUGAUCGGUCAAAGUAUAUAUUUUGGGAUGCAUUUCAUCCCACUGAAGUUGCAAAUAUUCUUCUAGCCAAGAAAGCUUUCAGUUCAACAUCCAAAGUCUUUGCUUAUCCCAUCAACAUUCAACAAUUAGCCAUGAUGUAGUAUUCAUCAUCUCCUCAUAUGCAUGAUAUCAUGGAUUGUUCUAUACAUGUAUGUCUUAAAUUAGCUCCUAUGUUUAAGAAAAUUGUCUUUUUCUUUGCUUCUUGUUUUGUAUGAAGAGAUUGAUGAAUGAAUAAAAGAAAAAUGUACUCUUGUUUUUGUUGCA